CAUUUUUCAUUAUUUACAUUUGAUUCUCAUCCGUGAAACGGCUCAGACAUUUGUUUAAAUUUAUUAAAUUGUAAAAAUGAAUUGUCCAAUUACUAUUUUGACCAUAUCUACAUUACUGACUGCUUGUAAUGGAGCUCGGCCGAGUAACUAUGAAAUUAGCAGAAACCAAAUAGGCACAGCUAAAAACGGAGUUGGCUACGGUCAAUAUGGGCAGUACCCUGGACAAUAUCCAACUGGACCGGGGCAAUAUCCGGGUAACCAGUAUCCAGGGCAAUUUCCGGGUAACCAGUAUCCAGGUCAAUAUCCUGGUAACCAAUACCCAGGUCAAUAUCCCGGUAACUACUACCCGGGUCAAGAUGGCCCGCCAGGUGCCCAUCCGGGGUGCCCGUUAUGUGACUCGUCAGUCUACAGUUACUGCUCUCAUAAACAAACCCAUGACUCUUGCUGUUGCGAAAAUCAAGCAUAUCUACCAUUCUCCUGCCGUAAAACGAACUGCAAUUUCCUCCACGCCAACUCUUGUCAAGAAUACCACCUGAUCACCAACUGCUGCUGUGUCGAUCUUCAGAAAAGCGCUGCGGCACCCGUUGUUCCUGUGGCUGCCGUACCAGUAGUAGUUUAAGAAGAAUUAUAUAUCAAAGCAAUUUGACUGAAUAUUGGGCUGAUCUCAUAAACAAUCUAACAUGGCAUUUUGAUUCAAUAUUUACAAUAAAUUAUUAAUAUACCUACCUACAAAAAUAAAGUUGUAUGUAAAAAAAUGGAUUAGAUAUAUGAUUAACCACACUUAACUUAAUCAAAUAGACAUUAAUGUUUCCUGACCUUGUAGAAACAAGAUAGAUAUAAGUAUAGAAUCGUUAAUUUAACAUAAGCUUUGAAAUAAAUUAACAGAAAUGAAAAGUUAUUUAUUUACUGAGUCUGUGUCUUCUUGCAUCUUUUCAACUGAUUACUCAUAUGAUUUAAAUAUAGAUAUUUCAUAAAAGAAUUGUUUAUGAACAUUGUAUGGAAUUGAAAGUGUUGGAAGUACAGAAAUAAAACAAAUAUUUACCUCA